UUUACUUGUCAGUCUGCGGUCGUCGUAUUACGACAUCUGACAGCGGUACUGCAGGCAGCUUGCAGGAGCCUCUUUCGCUCAAUUUUCAUGCUAUUUUUUCCACAUCAUGACCAUUUCUUUGUUAAAUUUUGUUUUCUCAAGACGCACAUGAAGGCACGGUUAAAUAAAGCACAGUGGUUUGGGGAAUUAUCCUCUUUAAAGAUCUCAAAAUAGACUGCUGCUUGCUUAGUUCUUACCAUGGCGACGGUUGUGAUGGAGCAGAUUGGGCGGCUCUUCAUCAACGCCCAGCAACUUCGUCAGAUCCCCCGUUUCCUAGAGUCUGCCUUCCCUACACUGCCUUGCACUGUGAUGAUCAGCGAUGUACCGUGGGUGUUUCGCGAGCCGCACAUAUUUACAGGCUACAGGCUGCCCGACCAGAGUUGGCGCUACUACUUCCUGACUCUGUUCCAGAGGCAUAACGAGUCUGUAAACGUGUGGACACACCUGUUGGCCUCCCUCAUUAUCUUGGUCAAGUUUCAAGAGCUGUCCGAAACUGUGGACUUCCUGCGAGACCCUCACGCCCAGCCGCUUUUCAUCCUUCUCUUAGCUGCGUUCACUUACCUGGCUUGCAGCACUUUGGCCCACCUGCUCUCAGCCAAGUCUGAGCUCUCCCAUUACACUUUCUAUUUUUUGGACUAUGUUGGCGUUGCUGUUUAUCAAUAUGGCAGUGCUUUGGCCCAUUACUAUUACGUCGUAGAUGAAGAUUGGCACGCACGAGUUCGAAGCUUUUUCCUGCCAGCUGCAGCCUUCCUGGCCUGGCUGUCCUGCACGGGCUGCUGCUUCGGCAAGUACGCCAGCCCGAGAUUGCCAAAAUCUGUUCAUAAGCUAUUUCAGGUGGUGCCGUCCGGCCUGGCCUACUGUUUAGAUAUCAGUCCGGUGUUGCAUCGCAUCUAUAAAUGCUACAGCUCUGAGCAGGGCUGCGCUGACCAGGCAGUGAUUUACCACUGCUAUCAGAUCCUCUUCUUUUUGGUUAGCGCCUACUUCUUCUCGUACCCUCAUCCAGAGCGCUGGCUCCCAGGACGUUGCGACUUCAUUGGACAGGGCCAUCAGCUUUUCCACGUGUUCCUGGUGCUCUGCACUCUUGUGCAAAUUGAAGCCGUGCGACUGGAUUACAGCGAGAGGAAAACUCUCUAUGAACAUCUCCAUGGAGACUUGGCUCAUGAUGCAGUGGCUCUCUUUAUCUUCACAGCAUGCUGCAGUGCACUCACUGCUUUCUAUGUGCGCAAACGUGUGAAGGCAUAUCUAGAGGAAAAACAGGAGUAGAUCUCCUAUCAGGAUGCUGGUAUGGGACAAGUUGACCUUGCUUGCACAUGUAUAAAGAUCGCACUGGUCAACCACUAACUUAGAAGAACCUACUCUGUGUAUCUUAUAUUUGUUGUUAAUACUUCUGUUCUGUGUUUUGCCAAUGCAUUUUAAAUCAGCUGCUCUUUGUUUACCAAACCGGUGAUAUGCUUUAAAACUGCAUUAUAUAUAAAUUAUAAUUUUUUUCCAAAACGUAGUGAGUUGCCUGGAAAGGUUGAUCAAAAAUCUGCUGUUGAUCAAAACGUUUAAUUGGAUUAAGAUGCCUUUUUGGUUUGGCACAUGUAUCCUUCACAGCAGAUACAAUCCCAGAAUGCAUUGUGAGUUGCUCAAUAUAAAAAAAUUGAGAGAAUAGUUCAUUAUAAAUACAGCACAAACAUUCUUAUUCAGAACUGAAAAAUAUAUAAAAACUAGUUCAGUAUUUUUAACAAUAUUUAUGUGCUCUGUAUUUUUAAGCUUAGUGCAUUGCACCAUUAGUUUAGCAAUGUACAAACCAGUACUCAAUCAGUCACUUAUAAGUGUCCACAAAGUCCCUUUAGGGAAGUUGUGCCACUAUGCUACCGUGUUUGCAUCGCAUUCGAGAAGUGAUCUCAGUUAUGUGAGACUUCAAAGUAUUGAAUCAAAAUUUCUUAAAUCACAUGUUAGGAUAUGCUAAUGAAGCAGCUCACUAGGUUUUGGUAGCUAUAUACUUUAAGGGACAAUCCACUUUUUUGAAAAUAUCUUCAUUUUCCCGCAACCCUAGAGUUAAACAUUUGAUUUUUACAGUUUUGGAAUCCAUUCAGCUGAUCUUUGGGUCUGGCGGUACCAUUUUUAGCAUAGCUUAGCAUAAUCCAUUGAAUCUGAUUAGACCAUUAGCAUCGAGCUAAAAAAAAAAUUCUAUAUUUUUCAUAUUUAAAACUUGACUCUUCUGUAGUUACACUGUGUACUAAGACCGACAGAAAAUUUAAAGUUGCAAUUUUUUUAGGCAGAAAUGGCUAGGAACUAUACUCUCAUUCUGGCGUAAUAAUCAAGGACUUUGCUGCCGUAACAUGGCUGCAGCAGGCGGAGUGAUAUUACGCAGGGCCUGAAAAUAAUGAGAGUAUAGUUCAUAGCCAUAUCGGCCUAGAAAAACACAACUUUUAUUUUUCCGUCUGUCUUAAUACACAAUGUAACUACAGAAGAGUCAAGUUAGGAAAAAUAUCGAAACUCUUUGGUUAUUUUUCAGCGCGAUGCUAAUGGUCUAAUUAGAUUCUAUGGAUUAUGCUAAGCUAUGCUUAAAGUGGUACCGCCAGACCCGGAGAUCAGCUGAAUGGAUUCCAAACCAGUAAAAAUCAAAUGUUUAACUCUAGGGGAGCUGGAAAAUGAGUUUAUUUAAAAAAAAAGUGGAGUGUCCCUUAAAAAAAAGAAAAUUGAAAGGUUUGGACUUUAAACUCUUAAACUGAUUUGUGCAAUGAGUGCCAUUAAGCCCUUCUAUGACCCAAGUGGUCUGUGAUUGGAUAUCAGCAUUUUUGCUGACAGGUUAGUUAGCAUAAAUAAAUAUUGUAUUGUAGAUAGUUCAGGUAGACCAUAACUGGAUAUGUAGAUACUUGUAUUGUGCCUCCAACUACAUCUAGCUGCAUAAAUGCACAGGCGCAGUGUGCUGCUCAAAUUUGUUACUUGCAAUGCUGUUGGACCAGUGCUACAAUAUUAGCAAAGCGUGGGAACUCAAAUGAACACUUUUUAUUUAAAUGCACAGGCCUGUAUCAUGACUGAAAGAAUCUUAGCCUCAGCAGAAUGCAAAUCAGUGUCAAAAUGACUUCUGGCUUGCCUUACAACCUGUUCAGUGCAACUUCUUGCUUAAUUUAUUAUUGUAAGGACCUGCGAAUUGCAAUCGAUUUGUGUUUUGUAUGUCAUGCGUUGCCAGUGGACAUUUUGUCGCCUUUGAGUUAGUGGAGGUUAAAUUAAUAUAAAAUGAUUUGUUAUGACAUGGACAGCAGGCAGGAUGUGAAGUCACAUGAUUUGCAAUACUGCUUAAAUUACAUUUUAGGCAUUUGCAUUGAACUAACCCUGUCUUUUUCGAUAUACAACUGUCGAAAAACACUAUUUAGGUGAACCCCAUGAUACAGGUGAAGAAAAGUCCAAAUUACAAUAUCAAGAAAGCCCACAUUUAAGAUUAUUAGUUUAUGUUUUGCUAAAAAACUAUAAGAAUCAGAAUUAAGAAUUGGGGUAAAUUUAGCUUAACUGGCGUAAAACAUUUUUUUGGGGUAAAAAUGAGAUUGGACAUUUCUUAAGCAACCUUUGGGAGAUUCACCCACCAUGUGUGUUUAGCUCAUAACAAAUGUAAUAUAAACUGCUCAACAGUUGUUGUUUUAAACAUAACAUUAAUACAUCAGUAACAGCUAAAGCAAGGAAUUAUGCCCUACAUAGUUUUGAUGCUCCUUUUGUACCCAAGGGCUAUAACUUUGGCCUUUACUCUUAAACCCUAAUAUGAAUGCCUUUGUGUGAUAUGUGGGUUUUUAUAUUAGACGUCCAGCACUUUAUUCACAAAAACUUAGCAUCACAACUAAUCUGUGUUAAAUGUGUGCCUGACUACAUGCAUGAGUCCUUGUGUGUCAGCAUACGGGUGCUUGCGAGUGUUGAUUGUGCCGAAUACUUGUACCUAGGUGAGAUGGCUACCUGUUUGAAAGAAUAUGAAGGGUCUGUCUGAACAGCAGUUUCCCCUUUGUCUGUUCUGUACAUAACUAAAUCAUUAUAAAUUAUAAUCCAAUAUAAUACAAAUCCAGAAAAUAUAGGCUGAAAUUAUCUGUUAUGCUUGAUGUUAUUGCACCACCAGACCAAUGAAGAUUUAGUCCAAUGUAACAUAAAAUCUGAUUUAUGAUCUGGUUUAUUGAAAGGUUAAGGGUUUAGACUUUAUUGAUGCAACGAAACACGAUCGUUGCCAUUGUUUUAUGGUAUGAACCAUUUGAGAAGUUUAUUAGUUGUGAGAAAUGGUGACCAGCACUUAUAACACGUUAAGCCAAAUUCACCAUGCAGCACCAGCAGACAACGAUGAUGUCACAGAUAGAUAGAACCACACAAGUCGAUGAUGUCAUAGAAAGAACGCAGUAAUGCAAUGAUUGACAAGUUUGCUUGUCAUUCUACUGCAGGAAAAUUGAUCCCAAAUUGAUGGCCAUAGCAGAAUAUAAUUUGUGAUUCCAUUAGUUUGGUGGUCAUACUGAACAGUAUUCAGUAUUAUCUGAUUCAUAGAGUGUUAUUUCUUUGUGCUGUAUGUGCCUAUCUAAGAUCCAUUGUAAUAAACCACAUACUGUAGCAGAGUGAAUAGAGGACACUCUGAUAUCACCAGGAAAACAAAAGAUGAGGUCAUCUCCUGACACCACCAGGAUUUGACCGACAGCCUCAGUUCCCAUAAAUGCUCAUACAGUAUGGUAAUUCUGGGAAUUAUGCUUUGUAAAUUGGUUUUGCUAAACUGCAUACUGUUUGUUUCUUAUAUUCUGUACUAAUCUACUCACGUUAAAGAUGCUUACAGAGUAUGGGUGCACUUUUCUGUUUAACAUUUAGAUUUUUAACAUGAUAAGAGAAUGUGUUUCUUUUGUAUCGUACUUAUAAAGAGUGUUUGCACUGAUUUUUUUUCAAUAUUUAACUCUGUACUCCAUUCAGUACUCAACCACGAGCCAUUGCACAGAUAUGAACAGUCGUUCAUGUUUUUGAUAUAGAGCAGAACAGGAACAAGACUGAUGUUAACCUAAACUUUACUGUUGUGUGUGGACAUGACUGUGUUGAUGUACUAUUGUAUUUAAUGAAAUAAACUAAUUCACACCUUCUA